GUCUCUCGCAAGGCCUCCUGGGGGUCGUAGUUGAAGCGGCGGCCGCUCGGCCAAGCGGCCCUCCCGCCAUUUCCCCAGAAGGCCGCGCGGCGGCGGCGCCCGUUGCUAGGCAGCGGAUCCGGGCCUGGCAACGAGGAUGAAGCAGAAGAAGAGCAAGGGCUGUCCGGGCAGGGCCGCGGCUGGCCGUCGGCGGAAGGCUAUCAAUGAUAUCUCCCCUUCUACAAGUUUACCACCUCUUGUGGAAGGACAGCUGCGCUGCUUCCUGAAACUGACCGUUAGCAAGAUCCGAUGGAUGGUUGCCAAGCCACCAGCUUCCUCCCUCGUUCGGGUGAGGUGGUGGGGAGAAACCUCCAAUGGUACAGUCUUCGUUCCCCAGGAUGCUUCCCAGGCUGAGCAAAAAAUACUGAAAACCACUACCUGCUACCCAGUGCGAUGUGGACCAAAACAGUUUGCAUCCUACUUGACAGAUAUGGGGGCUCUUAUCCUGGAAAUAAUGACCAAAUCAGAUCAUCUUCCAAUUGGACGGGUUCAAAUCAAGGGGUUGGCACAACUCUCUCCCAGCCACCCAAUCAGUGGAUUUUUCACCAUCAUUUCACCGUCAUCUGAAAAGAUGGGAGAGCUGCAGGUAUCUCUGUUUCUGGAACCUCUGUCUGAGGUGUAUGAAUGCAGCAGCUCAGUCCCAAAUACAGAUAUGAGGAACGGCAGCAAAGAAACCGCGGACCUGAGCCGCUGCCUUGUUCCGUCCCAGCUUCACAAGCCAGCCAGCACACACGUUCCUGGAAGAGAGUCUGUGGGCAGCAGCAGAGCAACUACUCCAAGGGGAAAAGAUCACUUAUACUUCCAAGAGAAUUCUGAGAAUAUCAAAAGAAGUGUUUCUGGAGCUCAACACCACCCGAAUGAGAUCUUGAAUGCAAAUGAUUCCAAGCCACAAAAAAUGUUUUCCAACAGCUGUGAUCAAGAUGCGCAAAUUAUGUUAGGCAAGGGAAGCUCCCCUCCCGUCCGCAUUCUUUCUUGCAACUAUCCAGCCACAAAGGAUCUCCUUUCAGCCCUUUUGGACCAAGGCAACAGGCUGCGAAAUGCUAUGGCUGUGUCCGCCAUGAAGUCUAGGCCAGGUCCUGUCAUAGAACUGCAUGAAGGUCAACCUUCCGUAAAGCAGGACUUCUCCCGACAAGCUGGAAAAACUCUUAAGAGACCAACUCCUGGCCUCAUGGGUGAAGACCCUCUUCAACCAUGGCAUGAAUGCUCAGAAUUUGAUUUGGAUGCUGAAAAGAAAGCAGUUGAGCUCCUGUUGGGCAGUUCUGAUUUUUCUCCGGUCCGUCUUGUGGAUGGCGCAGGCUCUCCUCCAGAAUCUCUUUCCCCUGGGAGCCAGUUAUAUGACAGUGAAUUGAAUGACCCCCACUAUGACCAGAGUCUCUUAGAAAAUUUGUUCUACACAGCUCAAAAGUCUGACAGCAGCUUAAGUGACGUCCUUAGUGAAGAGGAGGAGGAGGAGGCUGCUCCUUCUGGAAAACUAAGUCGACCGCAGGACAGAAAACCUCAGAGGUCACCAAAGCCUUUAGAGUCGAGUCCUUGCAGGCAUGGAGCGAAGGCCUCAGGGACAAGAGCCAGCAGUUCGCCCGCUAAACCCGUUCCUCAUCAGACUUCAGCAGAGUCCUCAGAUGAAACCCAGGCUGUCAGUUUGAGCCUUGACAGACUGGCGAUGCUGGGCCGGAUCCGUUUAGCUCGAGUGGUCGUUGAGGGCUUGAGAGGGGUCGCCCCCGCAGACAGCGCUCAGAGUACCCCCAGCAAAAAGAGUUCCACUGGAAAACCGCCCAGGCCAGCUUUGGCUAAAAGGAGGACCUUCUUUGUCGAGUAUCACUUUCCAGUUGGAGCUUCAAAGAACGGGACCGGCCAGACUGCCGUAACUACAGAAAUAGUUCGGGUGGCUUCGAGUAAAUUCUCGGGGGAAGGGGUGAAGUUUCAGCAACGCUACGUGUUCCCUGUUCACUUCAGUGGCUCAAUGAUCACCCACUGGUGGAAGUCGCACCUUGAAUUUAACUUGUUUUUGAAAAAAGGCACACAAAGAAAGGCAGCCUUGAUUGGCUCAGCAGCUUUGCCUCUGCAAGACGUCCUUCGGUCUGAGGACUUAAGUGUCAGCCGUGAACUGCCGGUGAACGAAGAUGGUGUUCCAGCCCAAACAGGUCCUUUAAAGGUGUCAGUGGAGCUUGCAGCUGACAACAGAGACACCAAAGCGAUCAGUGCAGCACCGAGACCUCCCGUUAGCUCCACCAGAAGCCAUGGCCCGAUUUCCCAAGAUGCUGAGAGAAGCCCCUCUUCGAACAAAAGCCCUCAGCCUGCCAGGCAAAGUAACUGCCAGGUCCCAGUGAGAACCGAAGAUCCUUUGCCCACCACAGUUGAGAGGCCCCCACAGGACGCGGGUCGGCAGUCAGUCCCUCUGCCCGUCUCCCGCAACCUCCUCUCCCAGAUGAGUGCCUCGGAAGAGGAAGGGCCGCUGCUACACGUCGUUCUGAUGGUCUCAGAGGGGCAGAUCACUCUUCCUCCCAACGCUGGGCCUGACAGCUCUUGCAACUUGUAUUUAAUUUGCAAGCUCUUCAGCACCGAAGAAGCCACGAGGUCUGCCGUCGUGUGGGGAACCGCGCAACCCGCCUUCCAUUUUUCUCAGGUGACCCCGGUUUCGUUGACAUCAAAACAUCUGGAGAGGCUGAAGAACAACGUCAUGGUGAUUGAGGUGUGGGAUAAGGUGCUCGGCCCUGGAGGAGAUAGGCUGCUAGGGCUGGCAAAGCUUCCCCUACAUCAGUUCUACAUUUCAUUCAAAGACCGCAAGGUUUCCAGCCUGCUGCUUCAGGCUCAGUAUCCUGUGCUGGCGGUGGACGGCCCCACGCCUGUGGUUGACGUCUUCACUGGUCAAAAGAACGGGAGCCUGGCGGUCAUCUUAGCCAUGGGUUCUGCCGACCAGGUGUUGGCGCUGCAGAGACUCAAGAAGGAAGAAGGAAUGGCAUCUCCAGCUGUGCUGCGCCCGCUGCACUCCCUAGAUCCUCUCCCUGCACCCUCCCCAAAGCUGUCAAACAGAGAAAAGGAAGGGCUGGUGGAACACGUCUUUGAGAUCCGCAUCGAGGGUGUCAGAGGCCUCACCCUCCUCCAGUCCACCGUCUGGGGAGAAGCAGACUGUUACAUCCAGUACCACUUUCCUGUUCAAAAAUCAGAGUCUGGCACGCUCCGUGAGGCAGAGUUAAGCGAAAGGGACCUCGAGUUAAAGGCCUUCCGUACAUCAACAACUUUGUGCGUUCCCGAUCCCACUUUCAACGACGAGCGCCAUCACUCUCUGCUGGUCCCCGCUGAUGUCCCAGUUCAGCAGUUGCUACUCAGUGCUUUCUCUGCCCAGGGCUCAGCAGGAGAAGGGGGAGGAAUUAAUUUCGAGGUCUGGUGCAGGUAUUACUAUCCUAACGUCCGAGAUCAGAUGGUUGCCAGAGGGGGCUUGUCCCUCGCACGCCUUUGCGCCAUGGUGACCAUGCAGCACCGGCAGGAAGUGGGGAUCCAGACUUUCCGUCUGCCUGUAAUGCCAAGAACCAGCAGCUCAGGAGCGCUCCAUCCUUGUUCUUCAGGUUUGCUUGAAGUGAGCGUGAAGUACAGACACACCCUGAAAAUAACCGAAGGCCUCCUAGCGGCUCAGACCAUUCCUCUUUCUGUCCAAAUACAUGCAGCAGCCGGAUUGCAAGCAGCAGCUCGAGCCGUGGCAGAAAAGUAUCCCUCGUUGCAAUACAGCGCAGAAAUUGGGCUCAACACCUACGUGUCAAUACACAUUCCCUUCCUUCCUGAGGCGGAGUGGCGGAAGACACGAACCGUGGCUCGCACUUUCUGUCCCGAGUUUGAGCAUCACAUCGAGCUCCCCUGCAACCUCAUGGUCCAGAGGAGCAGUGGAGAGGUGUGCUGUCUCGGAGAGCUCCUGCAGCUGUCAGAGAUGGUCUUCCGCGUCUACCACAAGCCCCUGAACUCAGCUCCAAGCACAACUCAAGCUUUAAAGGAUUGCCUGCUGGGAACUGUCACAGUUCCUACCAGAGACCUGUUGAUCAGAAGAUCAGGUAUCAGAGGUUGGUACCCUGUAAUUCUCCCUGAGGAUCUCUUGUCUUCCCGGAGCGCAAACAUCAUGCAAAGCAUAGUCGGAGGCUUGGACAUUUCCGUUGCAUUCGUUCACUCUGGAGACCAAGAGCGCGUUCUCGAUGCUGCUAACCUUUUAGGCUGGAGUUGGAAGGAAGCCCAGGCUGAUGAUCUGAUAGAGGACAGCGAGAGCGAACUCCCGUCCCCUUCAUCACCAGUCCGUGUGGCUAUUUCUACCCCCAGGCUGUGGCUACCAGUACAGUGCAUGUUACUUGCAGGACACACACGCUUAAGCAGAAGCAUCUAUUGCUACCUUCGCUAUAAACUGUACGAUCAAGAAGCCACCUGGACUUUACUCAGGAGGCCAAAAUUAACUGAAGAUGAGAAGCACGUGACGGUGAUGUUUACGAAACCCAAACAGUUGGAGCUUCUGUCGAGUCCAGCAUUAUUAUGGUACUUCAGGGAAGAAAAACUGGAACUCCAGGUCUGGCGAGCUUACGGGAAGGAUUGCAGUGCGGAAAGACCACUGGAUACCGAUCGCUUGAUUGGAUCAGCGUACGUGGACCUGGCACCACUUGCGGACAGCUCACGAAAGAAGAAAACAGUUAGUGGUAUCUUUCCCUUGUUCCGACGAAAUGCUGCCAACCUGGGGGGAGCUGCGCUGCGCAUUCACAUUGCAGUGACUCCUGCUGGUCCAUGUGGCGGACCUGGGAACACUGAAGAUGGCAGGGACAGCAGCAACGGCAGCAGCAGCGGUGAUGAAGAAGAAGAAAAGAAGGCAACAGAGCAAGUCUUGGAAGUCCCCUUGGAACCAAUUCCUCCCAUUGCAGAGACCCUCAGGGAGGAAUCUUCUGCGAAUGAUCUUGAGAAGACAUUUGCUGUUAGCAUUGUUGUGGAAAGAGCCAUGCACUUAAGCUUAAAAGGGAGUCCUCUCGCUGAACGGGGAGUAACUUCACCCAGCAGCUGUGUAUCUUUUGUGGCCACUGACGCCAAUAAUCCUAUUACCACAGAAACAGUGGAAAAUACGGACUCCCCUGUUUGGGAUUUUCAGCAGCAGAUGAGACUCUCCAAGGAACUUCUGCUGGAUGCACAUAAAACUCUGGUCUUUAAAGUAUGGCAUAAAGCAGACAUUGAACGAGUGAUAGGAUUUGCAUCCGUGGACCUCUCCCCCCUGCUCUCUGGCUUCCAGUUCAUCUGCGGCUGGUACAACAUCACAGACUUCAGCGGACAGUGCCGAGGACAGAUCAAGGUGGCGGUCUCCCCGCUUGAAAACAUAACUCAUUUGAAAGAAGAAAGGCAGGCAAGAAGCAGCCAGAUAAGAGCACCAGGAUCCUCUGCAAGGGGCAUGUAUCCUGCCUUCUCAUCCUUCCCCACAAGAGGCACUCUGAAACUUCCAGAUUCUCCAUUGAAGAGCCCAGAAGCUUUCAGGCAUGAGAGCAGGGCUGGAUCCCGUUACCAAGAGCACAUGCAGAACGUCCGCCGGUUCCACACGUCGUUGCAGCAAGCGGGAGAGAACGCGCACCAGGCCGGAAGGCUGGGCUCCUUGUCCUCACCUACUUCCCUGUUCAGAGCUCUCAGAAAAAACCUGAAUGAGCUGGAUGAGAUUCAGAGGUACUUCAGCGAAAAACUCACCAGGCCUCUCACAGACCUGAGCUCCCCUUGUAGCACCAUGGAUGGCCUUGACAUCCAGAGACCUGCCUCCAAGGGGGUAGAUCCAGCGGGAGACCAUCUGUGGAAGAAGCCCGCUCAUCUGCCCUCUCAAGCUAGCAGCCAGAGUGUCGAUCUAUGGAACCAUAUGACGAACGAUCCCAAAGAGUCCUCAGAUACUCAUGAAGACGGUAACAGAUUCUCAAGUGCUAAUCAGGCCCUCCCUGAACAGGAAAAUGGAGCCACCAGGACUGAGAUGCUCAAAGGUCCCUUGAACAAUGACCUCUUGAAUGCCAGUGUAGAUGAAGAACCUUUAUUUGUGCUUGGAAAAUCCUCUUCUGCAGGAGGCAUGCUGUAUGAAUUCCUUAACCCAACUGGCUCCCGAAGAGUCCCUCCCUCAUAUGGACCCAGGAUCCAGAGAGAGGAAGACACUGCUCAGUCCCACAGUGAGGAAGAGUAUGAAGAGGCCAUUGUAGAACCAAGAACCCUCAAUGAAAUCACCACAGUGACAGACAGAACCAGUCCAUGGUCCAGCUUUGCCUCUGAAGCAGAGGAGGAGCCGGGCCACAAGGCAAGAAUGGCCAAGAAUGGGGAAUAUUUACUGAAAGAGAGCACCACCAGGAGGAACUCCACGUCUAGCAUGACCCAAGAUGAUCCUCUGAGUGUGCCCGGCACUACUGGGUCCAGUAGCAGUCCUUCCAGAGAAGAGGAUGGGGACCAUGCUGAGGAAGCACAAGAUCUUGGAGCAGGGGCAGAAGAGUUCUUCCAGCCUUUGCCCAUCUCAGCUGCAAAGCAGGUAAAGAGCAAGCCUGUGGAAAUCCAAAAGGCUGAUCAGGAAAGGUCACUGGAAGUCCAGGAGGAAGGACCUGAGGAAGCAUCACCCACGCAUAACGGUGGAGGAGACUUCGUGACAUCACGGAUGGUUGCUCCAGAAGUGGUAGAACGAAGAGAAAGCUUGCACAGUGACCCCCAGCAGGAGGAAGGAAUCCAUGUGAAAGAAGCAAAGGGCCCCCUGCCUUGCCCCAGAUCGCAGGAGAUUGUGCAGCAGACUGAGGCCUCUUCUGCGGAGAGCGAUGAAGAUCCACCAGAAGAGUCCAACGUGCCUCCAACGGUCACGCUAUCCGAGCCCCUCAUGGUGCCCAACUUCUUCCUUCCCCCGCAGCAUCUGGAGGUGUCCAUGAGGCUUCUCAGUGCUUCCUCUUCGCCGCUGGCUGCUGCUCGUAACACUGGAGAUGACAGAAGCGAUGCUCCGGGAAUUUCUCACCGGAGGCAGAUGCAGCCCAAGCCAAACUCAGUGCCUCUUGAGCUGCCUGAAGAGGAAACGAAAAGAAUUGCUAGGAUAUUUGCUACACAGUUCUCCAAAAAAGCAUAAAACUGGGGCCAACGGGACGGAGUCCGUUUCUGAAACUUCCUGCGAAGGCAGCGGCUGGAGCGUGCUGUGAAUCCAGGCUCCUUAAUGCCACCUGCCCCAAGCGCAAAGGUGCAGAUGUCGUACCAGCACAAGAUCCCUCUGCCUGACCAGGAGACCUCCCCGUGCCCCUGCCCUCAGCUCCUGAACCAGCACAUAAUAAUCCAGCACUUAGUUCUCUUCGGAGAAAAUGGAGUCACACGUAAGCCGAGACAAUGAAUUUUGGCAUCCCUGCAACCAUCUCCCCGAAGGCAGCUCUGAGUUUGGAGUGGACACCACCAGGACAACUCCUCUUCCCCCAGCCACAUCCUUCCCCCUGCCCCGCUCUUUUCAGCAUGUUGUUCCUCCUGGCCUGAGCUUGGAUGUGACUGGGGUGGGAGCUGCAAAGUGUCGCUCUCCCUCCUUCGCUGAAUAGCACCCAAGGCCCUGGAGUAGCUGGGAGGAGGGACUUUGGCAUCUUCCCCACUCCCACCCCCCUCAUAGCUGAGGAGGAAUCCAGAUUCUUUUUUUCUUUUUUGCAAAUAUCAGUGCCAGUUUGGAGAGAGGCUGCACGUCAGCCAAAACUGGUUAGUUGUCACCCUAGCGAUAGGG